CUCCCUUCCCCGGCCAGCCCGCUCUACACGCUCCAGUGCUAGGAGGGGGCCGCGCCCCACAGACCGACCUGCGGACCGACCGACUGAUCCCGCGCCCCGGAGAGGAGCAGCCCGUCACCAUGGACCCCCCAUCUCUGGACACAGCCAUCCAGCAUGCCCUGGCAGGCCUCUAUCCCCCUUUUGAGGCCACGGCGCCCACCAUCCUGGGGCAGGUGUUCCGUCUGCUGGAUUCUGACUUCCAAGGGGAUGGGCUGAGCUUCCUUCUGGAUUUCCUUAUUCCUGCCAAGCGCCUGUGUGAGCAAGUGCGAGAAGCAGCCUGUGCCCCGUACUCGCAUUGCCUCUUCCUGCAUGAGGGCUGGCCUCUGUGCCUGGGGGGUGAGGUCGUGGUACACCUGGCCCCCCUCAACCCUCUCUUGCUACGCCAAGGGGACUUCUACCUCCAAGUCGAGCCCCAGGAGGAGCAGUCCGUCUGCAUCAUGAUCAAAUGCCUCUCCUUGGACCUCCGCACGGUGGACACAAAGCUUGUUCCCAUGUCGUCCUACCCUAUACUUUUCACCCAGAUGGGCCUGGAGGCCAUCAACAGUGACUUUGAGGGAAGCCCCCUUCACAACUGCCUGGUUGCUUCAGAAGAUGGAAUUGUCUCUGUGCCUUGGACCAAGAUAACCAGCCCGGAGUUUGUGGAUGACAGAUCCCAAGCAGUGAAUGUCCUUUCCCUGGCCUGGGGGUCCCUUCAGUUAGAGGCCCUCGAUUUGAGCUGCCCUCCGGAGCUGCCCCAGCCCGAGUCCCCAGGCUGCCAGGAGCUGCAUGCCCAGAGCUUGGCCAAGGGCAAGGGCAGGACUUAUGGAAACAAGUACCCAGGACUCAUCAAAGUGGAGCCAGCCAGGCCUGGGGAGGUGGCCUUCAGGAUGGACCAUGUGGCCAGCCAGGACUUGGAGGGAGACUAUGUGGUCCUUCUGGAGAGCAGAGGAGGGUCUCCUAGUAGGGGAGUGGAGACAUCCCAUGGGUGUCCUUUGGGGGCAUUGGAGGAAUUAUCUAGAACUAAGGAAAUCCCUUUCUCUCAAAGAACGCCACCUCUCUCAGGCACCAGUGGGGGACCGUCCUUGAAAAAAUGGUCUUGUGAGAAGGCAGCAAGCUCAGAAGAGGAGCCCUGCCUUUUGGACUUGAGGAGAAAGGUCAACCGUAAGGUUGACGCACACACCCACGACUCAGAACAGCAGCCCCGGGAGCCCUGCCUCAACGUCCUUGAGAAGCCAUUUCCCUGUGCCUCUGGCCUCGAGGAAGGUGGUUCAGAAGACCCGGCUUCCUCCAAGGUGCAGGGACAUCUGGGAAACCCAGAAAACAUGGUCCAGCCCAGGCCUAACCCAAAACAAGAGUCCUCCCUGCACCUGUGCCCAGCUUCCCCUCCUGCUACUCCAGUCCCUGAAACCAAGAUGGAAGAGAGGGCCAAACUGAACCAUGGGAGACUUUCUAAACCUGGGCCUGGCCCCAGUCAGAACACCUCCUCCUCCAGGUCCCCCACUCUUGGGCUCAGAUUCUCCUUCUUGAAAGGGCAAAGGCAAGCCCCGGGGCCCCCAGAGAAAGCCUCACUCCAGCACGACGGGCCCUGGAAAGUUUUGUGUUCGCUCUACUCUCCCAAACCCAACAGGGCCAAGGGCUUGGGGAAAGCUGGGACAACUAAGACCAAAGCAUCUGGCCCAGCUGCUGACUCAGGCCCACUGACCAGGGAAAAGACUGGCUUUCCAGAAGGCCCUCCUGGAAGAGUCCCCGCUGUGGAUGAGGAGACCCCAGGGCCUGAGCCCAGGAUGGGGACUCUGAGUGUGGAGAUGUUCCAGUCAAGAAUAGCAUGUCUGCCAGGUGGUCGGGACAGGGCAGGGAGGCCCCUGCUUCUGGUGUCAACCACUGAGGGGGCCUGGGAGGCACCAUGGUGCACAACCUCAGAAGUCACCAAGCUGCUUUCCUACCUGUGCACUGUCCCCAGGCCUGAAGAUAAAACCAAGGGGCUGGCUGUUGUGAUUGAUGCCAGGAAACAGCCCCUGUAUCCUGGUCUGGUCAGUGCCCUGCAGGCCACCCAGGCUCUGGCCCCAGGCUCCAUGGGUGCUGUGCUCUACCUGGGGGACGAGGAGGCUGCUCUCCAGCCGGGGAUGCUGGCUGACAUCCAGGUAGAGGUGGUGACCUCACUGAGGGCUCUCAGCCACCACGUGGACCCCAGCCAGCUGCCCCCAGCCCUGGAGGGCUCCCUCCCCUACUGCCACAGCGAGUGGGUGCAAUUCUUCCAGAAGUUGGACCCUUUCCUUGCUGACCUCCGCCGGGCCGCCUCCUUGCUAAAGGCUUCCAUCAACCAGAUUGAGAAGAGUGAGCCUCCUGGAGGGGUGCAGGAGGCCUCCAGGUGUCUGAGCAAGUCCAAGGAGCUGAUGGAGGCCGUGCUGAGGGACCCAGGCCUGCUGGGCCUCCAGCGGGAAGGGGGAGCCACUCUGGCCAAGCUGCGGCAGGAAGCUGGUAGGCUGGAUUCCAACCCUGAUGUCAGGAGCCAUCUGGCUGAAGCUGUCGCCUUGUACGGCCUCGUGGAUGAGCGGCUGCAUGUCCUAGUCAGUGCAUCUAACCAUCUCCUGGGGAGGCUGGAGCUCCGGAUCCGCCUGGGCCGUCUGGAAGCUGCCAUCCUCCAGGUCAGCAACUGGAUGGAGCAGGAGGGGAGCCGGUGCCUGCAAGCGCUGACCCCCAAAGACAGAAGCUUGGAGACUGUGGAGAAGGCACACGUGGAGUUUGAGGACUUCUUUCUCCAGGCUGCAGCCCAGUACCGCCGUGGCCUGGAGCUGUCCAAGCAGGCGGCUGAGCUGGGAGCCGUGGCCAGAGGAAGCAGCGCGGCGGGAGGAGCAAAGUUCCCGGAGCUGGCAGCCUUCGCUUCCACCCAGCGGGCCUUCCAGGCGAAGCUGACCCACUUCUACAUGGCGGCUGAGCGGCAGCGCACGGACCUGGAGACGCUGCUCCACCUGCACCUCUUCUGCAAGAAGAUGACCGGCUUUCACACAGACUGCCAGGACCUGAUUAGGCAGCUCAGGCUGGGCAAGGCCCAGAGGGCCAGCCCUGGAGACCGGCGCCGGCUCGACCGCUACCGGCAGCGCCUGGCCUCGGAGUUCCCCGCAGAGAAGCUCACGGCCAUGGGGCUCCAGGUGGCCUCCCUGAGCCAGGAGGGCCUGGGCCAGGACCUGUGGGAGGAGGCCCGGGUGAGGCACGAGGAGAUCCAGACCCUUCUGAAGAAGGCCCUGGCCCACUGCCCAUGCCCAGAGGGGCCCAAGGCCUGCUCAGCACCCCCAGAACUCAGAAGGGCCGCUGCCAAAGGCCAGGUUCCGAAUGGAGACGUCGCUUCCAGAGGAAGGUGGGGCCUGCCCCCUUCGGACUCACCAGGCCUGGACCGUUUACCACAUCCCUGCUGGCCUCGGGCCCCCAGAGAGGGACAGAACAGAAAUGUGCAGGCGGGCUUUCUGCCCCAGGAAGCUGGUCGGGUCGUAGAGGCUGAAGAAAGCAAAGGCCCCCAGGAGCCCUUUCGGUUUCCAGCCCCUGAGCCCUUCUUUGACCCCCUCUUCUCCCGGCAGCGACUCCUCAGGCAGAGUGAGACCCCCCACACUACUGGGGGCAGCUUCUCCUCGGAGGGGACAGACUCACAGACGUCUCUAGAGGACUCACCCCAGACGAGUCCCCCUGACUCCCUCUAGCUAGGACCU